UGUUACAGAGCAGCCAUCAUCAUUUCACCUAAUUCAUGUGCAGCCUGAAAUGGUAAAAGGUAAGACUACAAGGAAACGGAAAAUUACGAUGGAGUAACUAGGAGAAGCCUCUGAAGCCCGUCUCGUCCUCUCUGUUGUUUCCUAACUUUAACAAGGUAGGCUUUGAACAACACCUGGUGACACCUUCGCUGUCUGCAGCUCGUGACGAGAGGAAGCGACAAACCUGCUGCUUGGGUUGCAGCAGCACAGUGAAUGAGAGGCUCUGAGGCUGAUUACUCCCCCCCAUUAAGUCUUUGAGGAGGUGGGGGGAGGAGGAGAAAGAGGAGGGAGCUGCUAUAACCACCCAGAGCAUGGGGCAAAAAGUCCCAGGUGGCAUUAAAACCAUUGAUAUGCGGGAUCCAGCGUUCAGCCCCCUGAAGCUGGAGCUCCAGGCCCUGAGUCACACCAAGCCGUCUCGACUGGACCUGCUGCUGGACAUGCCGCCCGCCGGCGUGGACAUCCAGGUCCAGCACUCGUGGAACAACGACGACCGCUCCCUGAACAUCUUCGUCAAGGACGACAACAAGCUGGUGUUUCACAGGCAUCCUGUGGCGCAGAGCACGGACGCCGUCAGGGGGCACGUCGGCUACACGAGGGGACUGCAUGUGUGGGAGAUCAGCUGGGCCAUGCGCCAGAGGGGCACGCACGCCGUGGUCGGAGUGGCUUCGAGUGACGCCCCGCUACACUCCGUCGGCUACACGGCUCUGGUGGGCAGCAACGCCGAGUCCUGGGGCUGGGACCUGUGCAGGAGUAAACUCUACCACGACGGCAAGAACCACCCAGGAAAAACCUACCCUGCCUUUCUGGAGCCAGACGACACCUUCAUAAUACCAGACUCCCUUUUAGUCGUGCUGGACAUGGACGAGGGGACUCUGGGUUACAUAGUGGACGGACAUUAUCUAGGGGUGGCGUUCAGAGGACUUAAGGGCAGGAAGCUGUACCCUGUGGUGAGCGCCGUGUGGGGACACUGUGAAAUAAGAAUCCGGUACAUAAAUGGACUUGAUCCUGAACCCCUUUCUCUGAUGGACCUGUGUAGGCGUUCGGUGAGGGUGGCGUUAGGAAGAGACCGUCUGGGUGAGAUCCAUAGACUGCCCCUGCCGGCCUCCCUCAAGAACUACCUGCUCUACCAAUGACGCCGGUGACGACGCCCUCGGCACACCCUCGUCUCCUCCUGUUUCUCUGGGAUUCUUCUGGGGUUGAACCCGUUUGACCACAUUGCUCGAGCCUCCUGGACUGACUCAGCCUUUAACAAGUAUGCUUCUGUGACAGUGGGUGGACACCUUUUUUGAGUUUCUUAUCCUGUUUUUAUGACUCUUUGCAAACGUAUCCUCAAACUUUAUAAAAUCAGGAAUCACUGAGCGCUAUGCACAUGCUGAAUCUGGACGAUGCCCUGACGGUCACCAUGUUGGUGUACCUCCUCCAGUUUUUAGGCUAAUGUGGCAUUUGUGGUCGGUAUCUCUGCUGUGACUUUAUUAUUAUGAAUUUCUAUCUAGUAGCCUUUUUAAAUUGAUGUUAUUGGUUGUGCUACAACAAAAUUUGUGUGAUGGAAAUUAAACUUUUGAGUUAGUGCACAAAGCACUGCCAGCAUCUGACCACAAGGUGGCAGCACACACAUCUGUACAUCCUCUCAAAUGAUAUUCUAACAUGAAAUCCUAGUUGUUUUUAAGAAAUCAUGGUUUUUAAAUGGGUGUUUAAUAAAUUUGUGGUUCACACAACACAUAAAGGAGGUGCUGACCACUCCAUGGUAAGUCUGUAGUGCAGCGUGGAUGAAUGCACUGUGAGGCAGCUGUAGAGCAGCUCCGACCUCUCGCUGUACUCGGGGUUUCUCUGUGAUUAUGGAAGCGUGCCCCAUUGCUCACCAUCAAGGCAUCCGACGGGAACGUCCACAGCAGAAAUUUUAACGUAAGGUUAAUGUCACUGUGAUUAUUUGUAGCAUGCAUCUGCAGGAAAUCUUUCUCAAUACAAUCACAUCUUUUUAAAAAAAAUAAAAAUAAAUCUUUUCUGUCACUCCUGCUUUUCGUAGUGCAGUAGUUUUCAACCACAUGCGGUCGGGGCCCAAGAGUGCUUUGUUGUUUUUUUUUAUUCACCUAGUCUUGCCAUCAGCUGAUUUCACUGGUUUGCACAUAUUCAGCCAGAGAAUGGAAACUAACCAAUGAAAUAUCCACUGACGUGGUUCUUUGUAAGGACAACCUGCUGCUCUUGGGUCUCACUGGCACAUAGCUGAGAACUCUGGCUGUAGUGUUUGUGUUAUUUGACAUGUAAAGGGGGGGAAACUAUGUAGGUGGGCGGCGUUGUGCCUGAAUCCACAAACUUCAGAUUUAGGGCACCAUAACAAGAGAAAAAGACAAUCUACAAAGUGCUGCACAAAUGUAAUUGGCAAUAUAUUGUCCAAUGCCAUAUCAUAGACCUGUUAACUAGUAUUUUUAAAUGUGCAGACAUCUGUAUUCAGCGCUCAGCUGGAUGUGGACACACUGUGCCUCAUGCUAUUUUCUUUGAUUCCAACUUCCAUUUUAUUUGUAUUCCCUGUUGUAGGUUUGUAUGUAUCUAUUAAAGUUUAUUUCAAAGUAUA